GGAGAAUAAAAAGUCGGCGCUACUUGUUUCAGGUUUAUUUUUCCUGGGAGAUUUAGCGAGUUUAGAUUCGGUUUAUUGUGUUGGAAAGAGGGCAAACAGCCUAUUGGGUAUUUUCGUUAAAAGUCAUCAUCUUAAGAUAAGCUAUUAUAUCCAAUUUUAGAAGUUAAGUAAUUAAAUUUCGUUAUUUCGAUUUCCUACACUGUAGCCAGUUUGAGUUUGAUAAAUUUCAGAGAUGAACUAUAAUUAUCCAAAGGAAGAUUUUGCUCCAAAAAUUGAUUUGCUACCCCAAGAAUUGUUAGAGCAUGUUUUGUGUUUGCCAUUUGUUUCAUUUAAGGAUAUUUGUAGGUUCUCUUGCGUUUGUUCAAAGUUCAGAAAUGCUGGAAAUAGCAAUGAAGUCUGGAGAUGUAAGUUUACUCAGAGUUAUUCUGCUCUUUUGAGUAACUACUCAAGAAGUAAGGUAUACACUUGGAAGGAGGAAUAUAUGGAACGAUACUUAUGUGGGUUAAACAUUCGAAAGGUGGUUUCUAGUAUGUCGGAAAGAUUCUACCACAAAGAUGAUAUUGCUGAUGAUGAUUUUGAAUGUAUACUGCAAAAUUUCAACCACCCUUUCUCUCAACAGUUUAUCGUUCAUGAACUUGUACAGUUAUCUGAUUUGAAUUGCAUUCAAAACCUCACAGAAAAAUACUAUGCAGAGAAGAUACUAAGAUAUGUUGGACGUCAGUAUCUUGAGAAGCGCUGGCUAGAAUAUUUGGCACUUCCUAAUGAGAAGCAGACUUUAGAAAAAGGUGCAAUUCUUUUUGCUCAGUGGUGUAAUCCAACAACAAACAUUCAGGAAGACGUCACAUCUCAGUUGGAUCACCUUUCUCAACUUGUAAGAGAAGAACUUCAGCAAAGUGACUGCAACCAUCCAUUGCUACAAAUAAAUCAAGAGGAAAUAGACAUUGAAGCAACAGAGUCACUGUGGCUGCCUAGAGAUUGCCGUGCCAUUCUUACUUCCCUGAAUGUAGUCCUUUUUCAUCAUCUCAAGUUUCAACAAACUAGGGCUGAUCAAAUUGUGAAAAGUUACUAUAUUCAUGAGGUGCUGAAGACACGCACAGGAAACUUGAUUUCACUUGGAAUUCUCUAUAUUAUACUUGCCAAACGACUUGGGGUUUCUUGCUUUCCAGUGUUUUCACCACAGCAUUUUCUUUUGAAGUGGUUACAAAACCCAGAACUUUCUGUAGAACAACAAUAUUCGUAUAUUGACAUCAGUUCAGAAGGAAAAUUUGUUAGCAGAGGAAACUGUCCUUAUUCAGGACAUCAAACUGUCAAAAGGGAUACAGUAGCUCAUCCAGAGACUCCACUUAAGAUAAUUGAAAAAAUAUCAUGGGAUCUUGUGGAUUUAGGAAGACAAAUAGAAAAUGUUAUGGAAGGCCAAACCUGUAUGCGCAAUGGAUUAGAGCUUCUAAACUUAUUAACACCAGAAGAUGAUAACAGCCACAUUCUUCUGGCAAGAGUUUAUAAUCAGUUAGGGAUAAAUCUUGUAAAGGUGCUGUCCAUAGUAAAAGAAGUUUCAGCAAGAAAUUCUAUAUCCAAAAGGCUUUUGGAUUUUCUUGGCAAGGAUGCUAAACGCCAGUUAGCUGCACAAAGAAUUAAAAAAUCUGAGGUGGUUAUAUCCCUUCUUCACAGUAACUACCCUGAGGUAAAAUAUGCGGUGGGAAUGAUUAUGAAACACUGCAAAUACCACUAUACCUGUGUAAUAUAUGGCUGGGAUCCUAUAUGCAAAGCUAAUGGAACGUGGAUACACCAAAUGGGAGUGCACACUCUAGUAAAUAAAGAACGCCAACCAUUUUAUCAUGUUCUGGUUGAAGAUGGAUCAAAUCGAUAUGCAGCUCAAGAAAAUCUCAAGAUUGCUGAUUUUCCAAGAAGUAUACAACACCCAAUGAUUGGAAAAUAUUUUCAAAGCUUUUGUAUGACCUACUAUAUACCAAAUAAGGAGAAAGAAGCUGAAUAUCCUGAAGAUAAUAUUGUGAGGAACAGAUUUUUUGGUAACAUGCAGAAUGAUACUCAGUUACAGAAUUGUGUUCUGUAAAAGCUUAUGUUGUGAAGUUGAUAUAUUCAGAAAAUAUUUGGUUAUUGGUUGUUUUUUGCUAAAGUUUUUUCACAAAGCUUUUAGUCUUCAAUAUUUACUGUGUUCAAAAAACUUUCUCUGAAAAACCUUUUAUAUUCACCUGUUUUUUAUUUAAAGCUGUGAAAAUAUAAUGAAAACUUAGCUUGGUGUUUUAGAAGUUAUUUGAAAUAAGUAAAUAGCAAAUCAUAAAACAUUACCAUGAAAUUUUUUUCCCAAAUAAACUGGUUUCAAGUAAUAAACUGUUCGAGGUUAUAAUAAAAUUGAAUUUUUUAAAACAAAGUAGUCUCUGAUACGGUACGUUACCUCUGUUCACAUGAAUAGCUAUUCUCCUUCAUUGCUUCCCUCUAUAUGCAAAAACAUUUCUUCACAUGCCACAAGCCUUGAGUGCCCAUGUACCUUACCAUCAAAUGGUUCAACUGCAUCUUGUAUGUAAAUGAUGGUGUGACAACCAUCCACCAAUAGGAGUGUGACAUACUCACCUGAUGCACGUGACUCCAUCUAUACUAUUCUAACAAACUAUCACUUAUUGUUUGGCAGUACUUGUGUCAUGACACCUUUUUUGUGCUUUUCUAUCGUGUUUCUUCAUUCAACUUAGUGCAUUUGUUUUAUAUUCAUACCAAAGUGGUUUUGUUUUUUCGAAUGUUCACAAAUUUUCUUGAUAACGUAUUUUACCCAGUUUUCAGUUUUUUCCAUCAAACAUUUAUGUAUGAUUAUUCUUUGUAACACAUUGAAUUCAGAAGUACAAGUUACCACUUUGGAAGUAAUACCUUCUACAAGCACACUCACACAGGCUACAGGUGGGGGUAACUCAUUUAUGGACAUAUUGGCUCUCAUCUGCCGUGAGAUUGAUUGUUAUAUGAGUCAACCUGCUUCUCCUGAUGUUGCUCCUAUUUCUAUUGAACAUGCCGAACCUGUUUAGGUCGACAAGGAUUUUGACACACUUUUUCCUCCACCUGAUUUUGCUGUGUCUUCCUAUACCCCUACUGCGGAAUCAGCUAGGCCAAUAUGGCUUUUUUCGACAUGAUUUCUUAGGUAUGUUCUGUUUUUAUCCAUUUCCCCGAUUUCAUAUGAUCCCCUCCCUCCCUUUCUUGUUACAUGAUAGCCCCUUCCCACAGUAUUUGGUUUUCCCUCUUCCCCAAAUAUUAGGGUUCUUGCAGAGCAUUUUGUUUCUCAGAUGGUUGAUAAUGCUAGGAUGCCUCGCCCUCCAUGGGCUUUGGAUCAGUUUGCUUUGACCUAACUUCAGGCUGAAUCUCUGUUUCUCGAUUCUCAACAGUUGGAAUUGAUUUUGCCUGUGUGUGUGUGGUGGGUGGGGGGGGGGACCGAUGAUCAUCCUGUUCGUAUAUCCCACACCCAAUGGUCCUGAGGAUUUCACAAGGGAUAGCUUCUUCCUGAUUACCUCCACAUUGGCACGUUUGUCUUCUUUGGUUCUUUCCUUACACACGUGUUUUUUCUGUUGUUGGGAUCUCCUGGGGAUGGAUGCUGUUUGGUCACAACUUUGGUUACUGCUACCUUAUCUCCGGGACUUACAUAUGACCCCUUUUCUACAGCAGUAUACUUUCGGUAGUAUUCCUGAGACUUUAUUAUCCCGUUUUGGAAUUGGUGAGACAACAAAUGACCUUUUCUUCUUUGGUGGAUCAUUUGUCUCAUUCAGAGCCUAGACAAGCCCCUAUUACUGUUUCCUGUCCUGCUCCUUUUGAGCCACUACCUAUUCCUGUCUCCAGGGUUUCUCCUCUCAGCGAAUUAUUCGAUGCAGAUGGACACGUUUCCAACAGUACCGGUGACUACUCAGUAGGUUCUGGUCCAGUGGGGCUCACUUGACCAAUUUUGUUCCCCUUUGGUGGCUUUUUUGCCACAUAUAUGUGAGUUAUUCUAAUAUUAUUCAAGGGACUUGUCAUCCACUUCCUUUCCCCUCCUUCACUGUCUCAGGUACUUGUAUCCUUUCCAUUGCCUCGGGAUGCUACUACCAGUCAACAUCUGUCUGAGGCAGUACAAGAUAUUCUCUCACAGAAUGCCAGCGAACCUGUCCUCAUCUUUCUCGAGGUUUUUUAUUCCAGGCUGUUUCUAGUACCCAAGAAAACUGGGAACUGGUGGCCUGUGAUCAGUUUGCCCCGCCUAAAUCAGUUUUUGGUUCUACUCAAUUUACCAUAGUCAUUUCUUGCUCUCAAGUGGGUUUUUUCUCCAGGUUUGUGGAUGACCAAGGUAUAUGUCACAAAUGCUUAUCUGCAUGUUCCAAUAUCUCAUCUUCAGGAUUGCUUCGGCCCAAUAUGCCUUUUGUUGGGUGUUCAUGACUUUUGCCUGACAUUUGCAUGCUUGGGGUUGCGCUUACAUCAUUACAUGGACGACUGGCUUCUGUUAGGUUGUACUGAAUGGGAGUCUGCUCAUCACACCAAUCUAAUGCUCCUGGAGACAGCUCUUAAUCACAUUGGAGAAGUCAUUUCUUAUACCUACCCAAUAUCUUGGCCACUUGCGUGUCUUUUUCAACACUCAUCUCAGUCUGGCCCAACCUUCUCCUCUUCAACUUUGUUCAAUGGAGCUUUCAGUUCUUCAUGCCCUUACUGUUCCCUCUCUUAAAGCUCAAGAGGUCCUAUCACUUUUGGGGAUGUGAUGUUCUUUGAAAGCCCUUGUCCCCUUGGGUCGAGUAUAUAUGAGGUCUCUUCAGUGGACUCUGCAUGACCAGUGGAACCUUGUAUGGGAUCCAUUGGUGAUUUGCACUGGUGGUUGGACAGGGCUCACAUGUCAGUGGGUGUUCUGCUUCCUUCCCCUCAUCCAGAUUUUCAUAUCUUCAGAGAUGCUUCCCUUCAGGGCUGUGGGUGCCGAUGGGUCGAUCAUCAGGAAGUUUUAGGUUGGUGUGCUCCAGCCAAAAGAUCUUACCAUAUCAACAUCCUGGAGCUUCUGGCCAUACCUCAUGCUCUGGAUCAUUUUCUUGAUUCAUUCUGACAAUUCUACUGGAUCUCAUUUCCUUUGUGAUCAAACCUUGGAUCUUCAUUUUUGGGCCCACAUGCUCAGUAUUUGUCUCCUUGCAUGCCAUGUUCCAGGUGCAUACAAUCUUGUUGUGGAUAAUCUUUCCCAUCCCAACAAAGUUUAUCUAACAGCUACAAUUUCAGUGGGGUACACAUCACCUAGAUGCAUUUGCCAUAUCCAUCAAUACCAGGUUACCUAUGUUUUGGUUUCUGGUUUUUCAUCCACUUGCUCUGGCUGAUGAUGCAUUCAGUCAAGAUUGGACCAACAAAUACCUAUAUGUUUAGCCUCCAGUCUGUCUUCUUCCCAAGGUGAUUUUGAUCAUCCAUGUCACUCUGUGUCAAGUCCUGACUGCUCCUUACUUACAUUGGUUGCUGUGGUUGCUCCAGCUACAAUUUGCCCUCUCCAUAACCAUUUUCUCUUACUCCUUCCCUUCUAUAUCAACCUCAGUCACCAGCAUUUCAUCCAGCCCUUCAUAUCCUCUAUCUUCAUGCCUGGUUUGUAUCCAGUCCCUGGUGUGGAGAUACAGUUUGUCCUAGUGGGUCACUUUUUUUUAGCUUGUUCCAUUCAUCCUUCCUCUAGGGAUGUUUAUCAGUGUCAUUGGAAUGUUUUCUGCCACUGGUCUUUGAGUCAAGGAUUUUCCCCUGCUCGCCCCACUGUGUCUCAUCUUACAGAUAUCCUCACUUUGAUGUUUGAUCUGGGAUUUCCUGUCUUCCCAAUUGUGGGUUAUUGGGCUUCCUUAUCCCACACUUUUCGUUUUCCAGGUACCAUAAAGUUUUAUCUCUCCUACCCUUUCACUAUUGUUGCAUUCCUUCCAGAUUCAUCAUCCACUUCAGUGUGCAGUCCUUCCGAAUUGUGAUGUCUAUGUGGUUCUUCACUGCCUUACUUUGCCUCUAUUUCAACCUCUGUCCUCGUGCUCGAUUUUUCACUUAUCCCUUAUUUCCUUCUCCUUUUGGCCUUUGGAUAUCAUAGGUCGAAUUUAUUUGCCAUUGACUUUUUCUCAUACUCCAUAUCAUUCCCUAUAUAUUCUCCUUUAUCCAGAUUGAUCUUUCCUUCGCAAAACUUUGAUGGCUCAUGAAAGUGACUUCCCUUCCUUCCAUUUCCCAUCUGUAUCCUCAGUCGUAUCCGGAUAGGCUACUAUGUCCCGUAUGUGCUCUUCGUUGUUAUAUUGCCUGCAUGGCUUCCCUCCAUUGUGCCUGUUCCUGCUUAUUCAUUCCUUGGCAGAUAUCCUCUGUAUGUGACCUUUUGCCUUCCACCCUGACCAGUUGGGUUUGGCUUUUAAUUCAUUUGGCUUUAUCUUCUUUGUCUUAUUCUUCCCAUAAUUUUUUCCAGAUGUCUUCUCAUGAGAUCAGGCACUUUACCUUUUCCCUGGUGUUUCAUCUCCAUUGUAUCUUGGAGGAAAUUCUUCAAUGGGGCAUGUGAACUACAUGUAUGCAUCCCUCUCUGUGGUGAGUGGUGCCAUAAAAUGCUCACUUUUGAGAUGGGGUGUUCCACAAGAUCACUUGUAGGUUUUUCUU